AAACUCCAGGAAAGUGGGCUAAAAGAAUGCUAAGGAUGAUGGUUGAGAGGAAUAGGGAAUCUGUGGGGCACAGGACAGAGAUCAGCCUAAAUGCUGUCAUUGGGGGGGGGGGAGAAGGGAGGAAAAAGGAUCUGGAGGGUGAGGUGGGCUAAGGCAUGGGCUAAGGGGAUGGCAAGUGGAAGAUAAUGCUCCCAAAUCCUGUGAAGUCUCAUUUCCCAGGAGACUGGGCAUGGGCAUGAAAUGGAGUUUCAGAAACUUUGAACCUCCAUGAAUAUGUCUUGGUUUCAAAGAAUUAUGGGGCUGCUGUAUAGAGCUUGACAAGUAAGUGUUCUGAGUGACAAGGUCUAUCUGAAAAAAGCUCCUGUACCUUUUGGUUACCCUUUUUCAAAAGCCAUUUCUUUUCUGCAGUUAAUUGACUGAACAGGUUGUUUAUGUUUUAACAAACUGACCAUUCUUAUCUGUGAGUUUGUUUUCCUGUAGUCCCAUGCCUAGAUUCCAGGAGCUGGUUAAUGUAGCCAGCCAGAAUAAAGGAAGAAUUUCCUUUGGUCUUGUUUUCAUGUAUGAAAGAAGCCUUCAAGGAAAAUCUAAUUGAGCUGUUGUAUCCAGAUAGAUUUGUCUGCAGUCAUCUCCCCUGAUCCAAGUUAAAAAAUUGUUGACCGUGUCUCUAAGUUUUUUCCUUUAGGUACCACAAUUGCCUUAAUAGAAAUCAACACUAACUCCUCUCCAGAUCUCCCAGAUCAAUCUCCUCUUCUCCUAAACCCUGUUUGUUCUCUCAGACAUCUCAGUCCUUUACAAGCAGGUCUAACAUGUGCUAUUCAAAGCAUGUAGGGUUCUGAGAUGUGGGACUCAGGCAGGACUGAUCACCAAAGGAGAGAGAAUGUCAGUCUCAUCAUAUGAGGAAUUCAGGGAAUAUUUGCACCUUUGCACAGACGAAUUCUGUGAUGGUAUUAGAGUUUUGGAAGAAGAGAAGGAGGAUUCAUCAGACUCAGAAGAUAUUGAGAAUUUGACCUCUAAGUAUCAGGAUAAAAUCCAGCAAUCCUUAUUGGAUAAUGUUGAUGCCAACUUUCGGAGACGAAAUCCGGUCCAGGCUACCUAUUCCAUCUCACAGGAAUUGGGCUUGGUGAACUUCAUAAGGAAUGAUGAAGAGGACUCCAAACCUGCUGAUGCUCCCAGACAGUCUGGUUCUUUACUAGAAAGGGCCUUGGCUUUUUGGGAUGCCAUGCUGAAAAAGAUUAAGAAUUGGUGGAAAAAAUUGCUUACUUGGUUAGAAGAGAUGCUUUCUGCCCUGAAGAGAAUGGCAACUUUCUUGUGGGAGGGAAUUAAGGAUGGAGCAACUUUCUUGUGGGAGGGAGUUAAGGAUGGAGCAAUUUUCUUGUGGGAGGGAGCAGUGCAUGCAGUGACGACUGUAUGGGAGUGGUUACAGGGCCUGUUUUGAUCCCCUCCAUUUAAUUCCCCCCCUUUCCAUAAAGAGGGCCCAAUAUCAUGGGUAUCUUGUCAGAUUUCUGUAUUUAGGGUGAUAUUAAUUUGAAAGAUUAUAAAAACAUUACAAAAGAUAGAAGAGGCUGAAUUUCCAUGCACAUAACAGAACGCCAAGAGAAGUGUGUAAACCUUCUUUCUAUUUCAUGGUGUGGGAAUUUAUUUUUCAUAUACUGUAUGAAUUGCUGUAAUUAGAGAGAAUUCCUGUGUUCCCCCGUCUGGGGCCUGGGUCAGAGAUAUCAUGUAGCAGGCUGCCUUUUUCAUUUUCUUUGUUCUUGGAAAUCCCAAAGAACAUCAUCCCUUUGGACAGAAUUUGGUUAAGAAAUGAAGGAGGCAAGGCUUCUUUUCCUGUGGACUUGACUGUCCACCUGUGGGGGUGGAUCAGUGGAUGGAGCACUUAUCACCAAUUAAAGAUGUCUGGGGGACAGACAAUGCUAUCUAUGUAUGCAAUUAGAACACCUUGGGGUGUUCAAGGGAGAGGCUGAACAAUGAGCUCCUAAAGAACUAUUUAUUGGACUACCUGACCCAGUUCAGGUCAUCCCUGGUCAGGAGAGAGCCAUGGAAAAUUAUAUCCCUUUAUCACCUGAUAAUGACGAUUAUCUGUGAAAACCUGGUUCCUCUCAGCAAUGAGAUACAGUGCAAAGCUCUGGGACAAUCCUGAGACUUUUUUUUUAAACCCUUACCUUCCAUCUUGGAAUCAAUACUGUACAUUGGUUCCGAGGCAGAAGAGUGGGAAGGGCUAGGCAAUGGGGGUCAAAUGACUUGCCCAGGGUCACACAGCUGGGAAGUGUCUGAGACCAGAUUUGAACCUAGGACCUCCCAUCUCUAGGUCUGGCUCUCAAUCCAUUGAGCUACUCAGCUGCCCCCAAUCCUGAGACUUCUGAUGGGGAAACUAUCCACCUCCAGAGAAAGGGAGUUGUCUUUCACACCAGUGUAUUUAUGGUUUUAUUUUGGGGUUUUGGUUAUGUAUGAGUUUGCUCUGACAACAAGAGCCAGUAUGGAAGUGUGUUUUGCAUGAUAAUAAAAAUGAAAAAAUAAAAUAAACAAUAAACCUGACAUAAUCAAUAAGUAUAUUCUUGCUCUGAAAAACCAGUCUCUUGAGAUCCUUUGAAUCUUAACAAUACUAUUUGCUUUUUAACAAUGAUUAAUAAAUUCUAUACAUCACAUUGA